AUCACAUCAGACGGUGUAUUAUCAUCGCCUACUUCGACGGCGCGGCGGUGCCGAGUUCCGCUGGGUGAGAGCAAAUGAGACGACCCAAACACGGCGCGGUCGGUCGGUGGUGUGAUGCGCUGGCUGGAGCAAAACUAAUAUUUGUCGUACUAACGGCCGGCAGUUGCCUGCGGUUCGUUAGUUAGUAAAGUCGAAACUAUACCGGUAGGCUCCGGCACGGUGUGUGAGUAUAUUGAGCUAGUCGUAGUUGUGUUUUGCGAUCGUUAUCGCUACUCUCGCGUAGCUCCCAAACCCGCGCGUACUAAUUCGACGCAACGCACCCGGUACAUGGUCUAGUUCCCAUGGGACCAAUGCAUACAAUUGUCGGCCGAGACCCGUAGGAAAUCGAUGCAACAGCGUAGACGAAACUUUCAGAAGCGUAGAAAGCCGACGUUGAGCCACUACGUCACCACUCGUCGCAACAGAGAAGGCCAGAGAAAUACGGAACUGGGACAUUUAGGCUCCCGAUGACCUUCAUCGGAAACAUGCAAGCUCGGUGCCCUCGAUUUAGGAUAAGUGCGUUACAGAUUGGGGUGGCGUUGUUGUUCCUGUUAACAACUUCAGCAACACUCAGGAGUGUGGGAAACCAUAGGUCGAACCAUCUACAAAACCAACCCGAUUUAGUUGUCCUUAACAAUGAUCUUGACUGGAAGCUGGUCAAGGAAGUGUUUCACCAUGAACAGAAAAAUAUCAUUUUCUCGCCGUUCUCGAUAAAGUUGUUGCUUUCUCUGCUGUACGAAGCAUCAAAAGAACACAGCAAAACCAGACAGGAGCUGUCGCUUGUCCUUGCGGGCUCAGAUCUGGAAAAGAACCGUCUCUUAUAUCAGGAAUUCUUGGAAAGCUCUACGAAAGAAAACAGUAACUACCAAUUCAACGUCGGAACGCGGAUAUUUGUGGACCACACGGCAGCCAAUGUCUCGGCUGACUAUUCCGAUUUGGUGCAGUCAUGCUACAAAACCAGCAUAGAGUCGGUGAUGUUCAACAGUUCCGCUGAGACAGCUAGUAAAAUCAACGAAUGGUGCUCCAAAGCCACUAAUGGACACUUGAAAGAUCUGGUGAAUGAAGAACUCAUUGAGGACUCGGUGAUGGUGAUCGUCAACGCUUUGUUUUUAAAAGCUUCGUGGAGGAAUUCGUUUAAAGAAGAGCUCAACAAAAUGCGUACCUUCCACGUGUCGGAAAACGCCACUAUUCAAACAGAGUUCAUGGAGCAGACCGACAUCUACGAAUACCUAGACGAUCAGAACAUGCAGCUGGAAAUGCUGCGGUUGCCGUACAAAGGCCGUCACUUUUCAAUGACCAUCGUCCUGCCCUAUGCGAAUCGGUCGUUGGAUAAACUGGUUGAAUCGUUAACCGAUCAAAAUCUGCGAAAGCUCGAAUCAAACCUGCAACGGGAGGAAAUUGUAGUGAUAAUUCCCAAAUAUAAGUUCGACUACAGUACGAUGCUUAAUGAUGUUCUGAUAAGGCUGGGAAUCACCGAAAUCUUCACCAGUGAUGCUGCACUUCCAAAGCUUUCCGGAGGAAUAAACUCCACGUUAGCAGUAUCAACAAUGCUUCAGAAGGCCGGCAUAGAAGUGAACGAGAAAGGAACACUGGCCUUCGCAGCAACAGAAAUCCAACUGGUAAACAAAUUUGGAAUAGAUGAAAUGCCCAUUCAGUUCGAGGCCAACCGACCGUUCAUGUUCUACAUCAAAGAUCAGGAUUCCGAUGCCGUACUCUUUGUGGGAAAAGUGGAAAAUCCAGUGUCAAUGGAAAAAACGUCAUCGUCCGCGUAGCCGAAGGUGUAUGGACGGAAAACGAACACUCUGUGUUACCAAACAACGAAGCAACUACAGAAUGACAUAUUUUAAUUGUAGCUUUAAUUUUGUUUCUAGCCUCGAUUUGUAUACACAAGGAAUGCGGAAAAUGAUAAUAAAAUACUCAGAUUGUA